CAGCAUAACCUGGACAGGCUUUUGUUACAGCUGAAAGGACAGUUUUUUUGUGCUCAUUGCCAAAUAUAUCACUCAUUCAGCAUAAGAUUUUGCCUUUUUAUAUAUUAUGCAAGGACUGAAACUGUCAUUAUUUUGAACAUUGUUCCUGGUCAAGCACUGUGUGUCUAGAUAACAUAAUGUGCUCUUGCCAAAAAGUUUAUGUCAGCAAAGUGAUAAAAAGAAAAACAUUCUUAUUGUCCAUGUGUUUGUGAGUUAGUGAAGUGUUAUAAGUUAAUUUACAGAUGUGUGAUCUAUUUGGCAUGCUCAUGUUUAUGGGACUGCUGUGGGUGUGGUGUGGGAUGGAUCCGUGAAGACUCUGAUAAGGACCCAAGAACUUUUCCCAUAUGGACAUUUCUGGUUUGGACAUACUGCAGAAAUUAUACUUCAUCUAAUUGUCAUCUCUCCAUGGAAACCUAUAAAUGGACUCAUUAUUCUCAGUGAAAAGAAGAAUCUUCACAGAUAAAUUCUCAGGGAGAAAAAAAACAUCUCAAUCCACACAUUACCCCCUGGGAGGGGUUUGAGGUGAGUUGCUGAAACCCCAAAACAUAGGCAGAAUGGAACGUACAAUGAACAUGAAAAGGACAGGCAUGGGUGUCUCUGAACAUGCUGAAGCAAAAUUCUGUGUGGCGAGGAUCAUCCUGGAUGAGCUUAAACUAGAGGAAGUAGCGCAACGGCAGACUGAAAUCCAGGGGCCCUCUAUAAAGGAGAAGAUCUGUAACUCUAUAAGGUGCUUUGUGGGACAUUGGAAGAUUCUAACGUGGAUACCAGUUCUGUCCUGGAUCCCCCGGUAUUCUGUUCGGGAGAAUGGACUUGGUGACCUGGUUUCAGGUGUCAGUGUGGGAAUCAUGCAUCUGCCUCAGGGUAUGGCAUACGCUCUCUUGGCUUCUGUCCCACCUGUGUUUGGUCUCUACACUUCCUUCUAUCCUGUACUGGUGUACUUCAUCUUUGGCACUUCUAAACACAUCUCCAUAGGAACCUUUGCAGUGAUUAGCAUAAUGAUCGGGAGCGUCUCAGAGCGAUUGGCUCCUGAGGAUCACUUUCUGACCAAUGGGACAAAUGGAUCAGUGGUCAUGGAUACGGAGGCGCGAGACGUACAGCGGGUGAAAGUGGCUGCGGCAACAACAUUACUGUGUGGCAUCUUUCAAGUUUUGUUGGGUCUUGUUCGGUUCGGGUUUGUAGUAACGUAUCUUUCCGAGCCAUUAGUGCGGGGCUACACGACAGGUGCGGCCACUCACGUCAUCACCUCUCAACUCAAAUACAUGUUUGGAGUUUCACCCAGACGAUUCAGUGGACCCCUGCAGCUUCUUUAUACUCUGGGGGAGCUAGGCAGUUUAUUACCACAGACUCACAUUCCCACUCUGGUGAUCAGUCUGGUGGCUCUCUCAGUUCUGAUCAUUGUGAAAGUGAUCAACUCCUGCUACAGUCACAAAUUACUCCUCCCUGUUCCCAUAGAGCUCAUGGUGAUUAUUGCAGGGACUCUUGUUUCUCAUUAUACUGAUCUGGAAGCUGUUAAUGGUGUGGAUGUGGUGGGAGAAAUUCCUAGUGGGCUGGUGCCACCCAGAGUCCCGGAGGUGGGUUUCUUCUCCUCAGUGGUAGGAGAUGCAUUUGCCAUGGCUGUGGUGGGAUACGCCAUCAGCAUUUCUCUGGGCAAGACUUUUGCUCUCAAGUAUGGAUAUAAAGUAGACAGCAAUCAGGAGUUGGUGGCGUUGGGGUUCAGUAAUGUCAUCGGUGGCUUCUUCCAGUGCUACUCUGUCACUUCCUCACUAUCUCGCAGUCUUGUCCAGGAGAGCACAGGGGGAAAAACACAGGUGGCUGGAGUGAUAUCUGCUGUUAUUGUGCUUAUUACAGUUUUGAAGCUCGGUUCACUUUUUGAAGAGCUCCCCACAGCUGUGCUUUCCACCAUCGUGUUUGUGAAUCUGAAGGGAAUGUUCAUGCAGUGUCAGGAUAUUCCUGCUCUAUGGAAGAGCAACAGAGUAGAUCUGUUGGUGUGGCUGGUGACGUUUCUCUGUACUGUUCUGCUGAAUCUGGAUCUGGGUCUGGCAGCUUCCAUCAUAUUCACACUGCUCACAGUGAUCUUCAGGACUCAGCGUCCCAGGUACUCUUUACUUGGCAGGGUUCCUGACACAGAACUGUACUUAGAAACAGAAUCAUAUAAGGAGGCUAAAGCAAUCCCUGGUAUCACUAUCUUCCGUUCAUCUGCAAUGCUGUACUAUGCAAAUGCUGAACUCUAUCAAGAGGCACUGUUGGAGAAGAGUGGAAUCAAUGUUCCAAAGCUGAAAAAGAGGAAAGAAGAGGAGAAGGCAAAAAAGAGACAAGAGAAGGAACAAGAAAAACAGACAGGAGUUCUGAGAGAGUUAGCGAAAAGAGUGCUGGUCUCCAUGAAGAAUGUGAGUCAAUCUGUGCACUGUGAAAGAACAGACCAUGAACACAUCAUCAAUGACAACAGCACAGCAACAGUAAGCCACGGUAACCUGAACUGCAGCUUCCAGCCAGAGCAGGACUCUGAGGAAGAGGAACGGGACAAGAUAGACACACACUCCUCCAGCUGUGACAAUGUGCAGGAACACACACACUCCAUCAUCCUGGACUUCACUCCAGUCAGCUUCAUCGACACGGUCACCCUGAAAACACUGAAAAACAUAUUUCAAGAUUUUGCUGAAGUAGAUGUCACUGUUUACAUCGUUGGAUGUCAAGUGUGUGUAGUGCAGCAGUUGGAGCGAGGAGGAUUCUUCUCACAGUCCGUCUCAAAAGGUCGGCUUUUCCCAUCUAUCCAUGAUGCUGUACUGCACUGCCUGUGUCAGAGAGAUCUGUCCAGCUCUGAGUUUGCUCUGGUGAGACUGUGAUCACACUGAACAUCAACAUAAAUUCAAUCAUAUCAUUAAUCUGUCUCCUGUCACAUUCAUGUGAACUUUUGUUCUGUUGCUCUGCCACAGGAAAUGUCCUGCGUUACGAGGUUCUGACCAGCAGAUGUCAGUAUGUCCUCUCUCUUUGACUGAUGUGCACGAGAAGAUGGUAACAGGGUGUUACCAUGACUGGUAUCAGGACGAUACAAGUCAAUGGAUAUUGACAUGCCACAAAGAAAACGUCUAGUCAU